CUCAUCUCCUAAUCAUGCCGCGUCCAUCCCUCUCUUGGCGCUGUUGGUUGGUUCUCUCUUUAAAUACCGGUUGCUGUUAGAGCAAUAUCACCCCUUGACAGCUCCAAGGAUCCGAUACUGUAACAUUCAUAAUCCCAAUUAAGCAUAAGGAGAUGUGUUGCUUUGUCUUUAAGCCUGCGUGCAUCUUUGACAGAUACCUUCUCUCUUCUUUGACCUUCUCGACUUAGGACACGCACUACUUCGCCUCCUCCCUCCUCUCAUUCAUAGCCAAACACCAUGGAACAAGUGCUUUCAUGCUGCGUCCGUCCACCUCCUCCGCAGUCGCUUGAGUCUUCAUCAACCUUAAACUGGCGCCAAUCGUCUGCCGGCAUUUCAUCACGGCCCAUUGACACACUGGAAAACUUCUUCAUAGUUCUAACAGAUAGCGGUUCUCCCGUUAACCGCGAACACUGGGCCGCCUCAGUGGCACUAAAGAUCAAGUUCAAGACUUCUUUGACAGAUCCCAUUCCGUAUUUGCGCCGUGCUUGGCUUCUUACCGGUCAACUUCACCCGACGUUUACUGGAUCAAUUGUUGAACAGUCCAAUGGGUCAACGGGCCAAGAAUUACCAGCAAAGCCUUUACUCACGGUACGCCCUUUCGACGCAGAUGCCUGGGUAUCCAAAACUUUUCUGAUCUCAUCAGAAGCGUCUGCGAGUGGCGUGUUUGCAGGCAUGCUCAGCAAUGGCACUCCCACUUGCCACUGGCUACCUGCAACUCAAGAGAUUUUCAUCCGCUCAGCUCACUGGCGUAUUGAUGGCAUAGGCCUGCUCAUGCUUGCCCACAGUUUCUUGUCUUCUUUGGCUUCUGUUUUGAAGAAUGGCCUGGACUGUGGCGUGGAUUCAUAUGAUGGGCUAGUUGGCAGCGGGCUGCUGACCAGAAGCCUGGACGAUCUUGCCGAUGCGUAUACUGACGAGGAUUCCACGCCAAAGUAUAUCCAGGCGGCUGCGGACGGACUCGUUAGCGAAUUUGUUCAGGGCGUCCCUAGUAUCGGAUUACCCACGACUCCAGCUUCGGAAACCGCUCCGCCGGGAGACAGCGCCCGCGAGGCUCUGCGAAUCGAUGCCCUUACAACGGCUGCCAUCACCGCGGCAUGUCGAGCUCGUAAGAUCAGUGUCAGUAGUGCCGUCCAUGCUGCCGUCGUUCGCACCACGGCUACCUACCCGCAGCAUCCGCUCGCCAAACAUUUCGCCGCCUUCUUCCCAGUCGAUAUGCGCAGGCGCCUGCCCAAGCCAUACGAUGGACCUGAUUAUGCCGUGGGCAUGUUCUCUUCUGGCCUCCCCAUCUGCGUUCACAACGUACUUGGCGACGAUGCAAUGGGCGGCGACCCUAAAAGCUUUGAGGAGAUAGCUCAGCAGCUGGCAUUAGUAUACUCAACAGAUAUCUCCCGCUUCACAACCGACGAUGAAGGAAAUCCAGUCAGCAUGCUUAAAGUGGUUGCGCCCUAUGUGCGGCGCACUACGAAGCUCUUCUCAGCACCGCUGCCACCUGGGCUGCCGCAGAUACAGAAUCCGGACGUGAGCAGCCUCGGCAAGGUGGAGGCGUAUAUCCAGCGUUCGUACGGCGGUGAUGAGAAAGGCUUCGAGGUGGCAGAUAUUUGGCUUGGCACGCAGAUACUGUCCCGGUCAGUACAGUGCCAUGUCUGGAGCUUCAGGGAUGAGUUGAAUAUUGCAGGGUGUUUUAAUGUGAGCUUUUACGAGGUUAAUUUUGUCAAGGAGUUUCUGGAAAAGAUUGAGUCUGAGUUGUUGGCUGGACUGGGCAUUGAGCGCGAAAAGACGCUGUCGAAUUAGAUCAACAAAGCAUACAUGUCAUGUAUCAGUACGUAUCAAGUAUGUACAAAGUGACUGGAUAGCUGUAAUUACAUGUAAUGAGCCGUUUCUCGAGACCAGAUGCCGAGUAGUGGGUGUCGAGCUAGUCAUAACGUACAUGUAUCUAGGUGGCAUCAUGUCAAUAAUAACGUUAACUCUCCUAUCGUGAAAAAUAAUGGUUUGAAA